AGAUGUUAGAAUCUCCCUGACAAAUCACCAAUGACCAGGAACCUCCACCAGACACACUGAGAUACACCCACAAAGAUACGCAGAAGUCAAAAUAUCAGGUUCCCUUUUCAUUUUCAGUCACUGAGUAGGGCUAAUUUAUUUUAUUUUCAUAGACAAAUUUUGAGAGAAUAUCUUGGUUUACAAGUGGAUAAAGUUGUGUAGGCAGAGGGAGACAUUUUGGGUUUCGUUUGGUGAGAGGAAAUUUGGUAAACGUUGUGCAAUGGUGCGGGAAAAGUUUUGAAAGAGUGUGAGAAACAAUUGAAGCUAAGUGCCUGAAGUAGGUCGGUUCAAGAAGAAGCCUUCAUGUUGCAUCCGUACAGAAUGGAGGGGUACCUCAUCUCACCUGGUCCUGCAUCAGAAGACAUGUACGAACCCGACAUCUAUAGACAACAGAUGUCAGAAUAUUCAUAUCCCUAUGUCAUUGAUGCAGAGAGUCAAGGAGAACACUGGGACUAUCACGCCACUCAUCAUGUUCAUCCUCUGGACUUUGACAACCUCCAAGAGGGCCACUUCACUGAGCUCCAGAGUGUCCAGCAACUACAUCUACCCAGUAUGGCUCGUUACAGUGAUGUUGACACUCUCUCUCUGGACCCUGGCCUUGGGGGACACAACCAUGCCCUACCCCCACCGGUACCAUAUUACCCUCGUGCCAUGGGCUACUUGCACCCCUCUCCUCAGACGAUGAGGAGUUCAGACGACGAGGAGCCAGGAGGCCGCAGCCCUCCACUAGAAGUGUCUGAUGAAGAGUGUCUGAGAGACCACAUUGCCCAAGUAACAAGGGGAGAAUUGGGCAACAAGAAGAAGAUCCGUCUGUACCAGUUCCUGCUGGAUCUGCUGAGGAAUGGGGACAUGAAGGACAGUAUCUGGUGGGUGGACAGGGACAAGGGCACCUUCCAGUUCUCCUCGAAACACAAGGAGGCACUGGCACAUCGGUGGGGCGUACAGAAGGGCAACCGCAAGAAAAUGACCUACCAGAAGAUGGCACGGGCUCUUCGCAACUACGGCAAGACAGGCGAGGUCAAAAAGGUCAAGAAGAAGCUGACUUAUCAGUUCAGUGGUGAAGUGCUGGGGGGGAGGUCUCACUUGGAGAGGAGGCCAUAUUCCCAUUUGUAGAGGGAGAAAUAUAGUGGAAGUCCUGAAAAGGGUAGUGAUAGAGAGAGAUAGUUAACUGUAUAUAGUAUGCAAGAUGGUUAUCAAUGUAAUAACUAUUGAUUGUGUUCAAAUCAACAAUAACUGUUUUUGCUGCUCUUGUAAAAAGCAUUUAUGUGAACGUCAAAGCCAAUGUCUUAAUGGAAUCUGACAAUUAGCAAGUUUUGCUCCUACAACUCAAUAAUUGCACAAUCACAUCUGGACCUUUUACAUUCUAUAGCAUGUAGAAACAGGACCGUUUCAAAUGAUACUGUCAAUCAUUAUCACCAGAAGGCUUACAGGAGUGGUAAUACAGAUGACCACUAGAAGUCCUCAGAGAUCUCCUUUCUUAAAGCUGGCUGUUUUCACGGACUUCUGCGCACUGUUGGACUCACUGACCAUUGUGCACAUUUGACAUCGAUUAGACUUGGAUGCAAUGUAAACAAACACAAAGACUAUGAUAAAGAACUCUUUAGCAUUAAUGAAAUUGAUUUGACACUCUGAGAUGCCAUGACGUUGGAUACGCAAUUCCUAUUGCUUAACCUUUGGUGUAUCAGCACCCAAACACAACAUAUUAUACAUUAGCUUUUGCUAAUCAAAAUUGAGAAUUCAGCCAAGCCAUGGUAUAAAGCUUGUAUAUUUGAUUGAUGGUAUUACAUGUGUAUUACAUACUAACUCAUGUUAGCUCAAGACUUAGGGAAGUAAACCCUUCUGAACAUUGGCUGGUUUAACCUGCAAACUUUUUGGACUGUCCCCUUGACCAUUACUUCCCUGUAACAACCCAUUGACUUGUUCCUGAAAUGGGAGAGGGUGAAGAGGCUUGUCACCCAGCCCUUAUCAUCUGCUUGUGCUCUGAGAUAUAGCACAGACCCUUGCCUUCUCCGAGCUAGGGUGCAAUCUAUUCCUAGCCUAGGAAUACCAACACAGGGAUAUUUCUCCCAUGCUCUCAAUCAUAGACCCCUGUUUGAACUGUAUGAAAGUGUAUAUGACCAGUUGUUCUUCCGUACUCUAUGUGCUCUCUGUAUAACACAUGUUGGCAUGUUUGUAUGUUGGCAUGACUCAAUUACAUAUCUGCACGUGAUGAACUCGAAAGCAUUUCUAUUUCUCACACGUCAUGUGGUUUUAGUUGACUCAUCCUCACAUUGUUCCAGCACAUCACAGACUGGCUUUAGCAAAUCCUCUGGGAAUCACAGCCAUCUACGCAGAACCCCAGUGGCCGAGCCAGAUAAUAUAUAGACAUGUGGGCAGACGUGGAAACUUUACUGGGCCCACUGGCAGUAUACAAGGCCACCCCAUCCCCCACCAUCCACCCACCCCCAGCCCCAGCCCAGUUAUGUGGCAGCCGAAGCCUGUAGGUGUAAAUAAUUAUGGGUGCAAAUCAAUCCCAUAACAACGGCAAAGGACCUUGUGAAUAUGCUGGAGGAAACAGGUACAACGGUAUCAAUAUCCACAGUGAAACGAGUCCUAUAUCGACAUAACCUGAAAUGCAAGGAAGAAGCCACUGCUCCAAAACUGCCAUAAGCCAGACUACAGUUUGCAACUGCACAUGGGGAGAAAGAUCCUACUUUUUUGGAGAAAUAUCCUCCGGUCUGAUGAUACAAAAAUAGAACUGUAUGGGCAUAAUGACCAUCGUUAACACCGUUAUGUUGUGAGGAAAAGGGGGGAUGCUUGCAAGCCGAAGAACACCAUCCCAACCAUGAAGCAUGGGGGUGGCAGCAUCAUGUUGUGGGGGUGCUUUGCUGCAGAAGGGACUGAUGCACUUCACCAAAUAGAUGGUAUCAUGAGGAAGGAAAAUUAUGUGGAUAUAUUGAAGCAACAUCUCAAAACAUCAGUCAGGAAGUUAAAGCUUGGUCGCAAAUGGGUCUUCAAAAUGUACAAUGACCCCAAGCAUACUUCUAAAGUUGUUGCAAAAUGGCUUAAGGAUAACAAAGUCAAUUGCCACCGUGCUUCUACACCUGCAUUGCUUGCUGUUUGGGGUUUUAGACUGGGUUUCUGUACAGCACUUUGAGAUAUCAGCUGAUGUACAAAGGGCUAUAUAAAUACAUUUUAUUUUAUUUAAUUUUAAUUGGAGUGGCCAUCACAAAGCCCUGGCCUCAAUCCUAUAGAACAUUUGUGAAAAAGUGUGUGCAAGCAAGGAGGCCUACAAACCUAACACCCGGCACAGCCAUAAGAGGACUGGCCACCCCUCAUGGCCUGGUUCCUCUCCAGGUUUCUUCCUAGGUUUUGGCCUUUCUAGGGAGUUUUUCCUAGCCACCGUGCUUCUACACCUGCAUUGCUUGCUGUUUGGGGUUUUAGGCUGGGUUUCUGUACAGAACUUUGAGGUAUCAGCUGAUGUAAGAAGGGCUAUAUAAAUACAUUUGAUUUUACACCAGCUCUGUCAGGAGGAAUGGGCCAAAAUUCCCCUAACUUAUUGUGGAAAGCUGGUGGAAGGCUACUUGAAAUGUUUGACCCCAGUUAAACAAUUUAAAGGCAAUGCUACCAAAUACUAAUUGAGUAUGUAAACUUCUGACCCACUGGGAAUGUGGGAAAUAAAAGCUGAAAUUAAAUAAAUAAAAGCUGAAAUAAA